AUGGCUGGAAUCGAGCUGGAGACGUAUCCAUUCGCAAAAGAUGAUCACUAUUCGACGAAUUGCGAACCAACACAUGGAGCUGAUCUAACUGAGGAAAGAGUUGGCACUGCGUUUGGCAAUGUGAAGGUUUCUAUCUACGGAGAUCGAGCGAAAAAAGCAAUGAUCACUUUUCACGAUUUGGGACUCGAUUCAGAAAGCAACUUUCAAAACUUCUUCCAAUUUGCUUCGAUUGCCGAAUUCACCGACAAAUUUUGCGUCUACAACAUCAAUGCUCCUGGACAAGAAAUGGAUGCAAGUCCUCUACCUGAGAAUUAUCAAUACCCAUCAAUGGAAGGUCUAGCGAAAAUCGUCGAGACGGUAGCCGAUCAUUUCAAAUUGAAGAGUUUUUUCGGCUUUGGUGUCGGCCUUGGUGCCAAUGUUUUUGUGCGCUAUGCGCUUCUGAAUCCGAACAAACUGGACGCGCUGAUUUUGGUGAAUUGCGUACACACAAAAUGUGGGUGGAUCGAAUGGGGAUACGAAAAGAUGAACAUGCGCCAUUUACGUGCUUAUGGAAUGACUUCAUUUGUGGCUGAUUACUUGAUGUGGCAUCACUUUGGACGCCGUUUAGACGAAUGUACAUCGGAUAUUCUUCGACAAUACCGGGUCUACUUUCAACAUCUUCCCAAUCCAACCAAUUUGGCUAUGUUGAUCGAAAGUUAUAUCAAUCGCACACCGAUCAAUAUUUCACGAGAAGGCGGUGCUGCUGGACCACAAAUUAAAGUCCCAACACUACAGAUUGUUGGAGCGGGCUCUGCUUUCAUUAAUGAGACCGUUGAGGUGAACGCUCGUUUGGAUCCGGCAAAAAGUGAUUGGGUUAAGAUCUCGGACUCGUGUGGAUUGGUGCUCGACGAUAGACCGGAAGCUGUGACUGAGGCGCUCAUGCUCUUCUUGCAAGGACUGGGAUAUUUUCCAACAAUGAAUGUACCCAAAUUGAUGAAACAAUUGCACGAGACUCAAUCGGGAAGCUUCAUCACAAACACUGAACAAGCCCUUGUCGAUGAAUGC